GGGCGUUAAACUCUGUCCUCCGUCUCGUCUUGUGUGUCUGAGUCACUGCGCUCCCCACCGUAGAACUAUAAUAAUAAUCUGUUUUCAGCUGAAAGAAGAGAUACAGCAGGAGGAGGAGAAGGAGGAGGAGAAGGAGACGUGCAGAGAGAGAGAGAGAGAGAGAGAGAGAGAGACUAACACACACCUGUCGGAGCCCCUGCAUUCAGCAUGUUCGGCAUGAUCAGGAACUGGCUGUUCGGAGCCACUGAAGAGAGCGAGUAUAAACUCCUGAGCACAGAGAGCAAGGAUGGUGUGAGUUACGAGGUGCGCCGCUACGACGCCUGUAAGCACGUGUGCUUGAGUCUGGAGGGGCGGAGCUUCGAUCAGGUGUCAGGUGAGCUGCAGCGGAGGCUCCUCGCCUACAUGAGCGGCGGCAACGCACAAGGUGAGGUCAUGAACACGCCGGUCCCCGUCAUCUUCACCGUCUUCCCUCGUGAUGACGGCUCGCUGAACCGCCGCCUGGUCGCCGCUCUGCGCAUCCCAUCCAGCUUCCAGACCGGCCCGCCAAGCCCGACGGACACGACCCUGCGGAUCGAGGACCGGCCCGGGAUGACUGUAUACGUCCUGCAGUUCGGGGGGUUCGCAGGAGAGAGCGAGUUCCGCGCGGAGGCGUCGCGUCUGACGGUCACGCUGGGAGACUCCGCCCCCUUCCAGCGCAAGCAGUACCUGUGCUGCAGCUACGACCCGCCAAUCAAACCCUACGGGCGGAGGAACGAGGUCUGGUUCCUGCAGGACGAGCCCUGAGGAACUCUUCAUCUCCACAGCGCUUUAUACCGUGCAGAUCCUCACGGUCAUACACAGAAUCA